AUGAGCCAAUCUCGGCUGUCGCCAGUCACGGCGCGUUCGUCCUCGACUUUUACAGGCCCGGAGAAGCCACAUCUAUUGCCCGACUCCAUACCGGAGGAGAGCGUGUCGGCUGAAAAGGAGGAUAAGGCGGCCUCCCCACAGGGCAAGACCGGAUGGGCCUCAUGGGUAGAUCUAUCGAAGCCUGAGUGGGGGGUUCUCGUCGCGUCGACAUGCCUCAAGUUGCUGCUUUUUCCUGCAUAUCGAUCCACCGACUUUGAGGUGCACCGUAACUGGCUCGCCAUUACCCAUUCAUUACCUGUGUCUAAAUGGUACUACGAUACAACAUCGGAAUGGACACUCGACUACCCCCCAUUCUUCGCGUAUUUUGAGAAGCUGCUGUCUAUCCCAGCUUACUUCGUAAACCCUGCAAUCGUCGACCUCAAUAAUCUGCACUACGGCGCGUGGUCUGUUGUUGCAUAUCAGAGGACGACAGUCAUUGUCACUGAGCUGGUGCUUGGGGCGGCUGCACUCAAGUUCACCCGAGGAGCAGAGAAUCCCAAGAUGCAGUCUAUCAUCUCAGCGUCACUCUUUCUGCACCCAGGGUUCCUCAUCGUGGACCACAUACAUUUCCAGUACAACGGGUUCAUGUUCGGCAUCCUUCUCUGGUCAUUACUCAUGGCCCGUAAUGAUCGCAAAUUGGCAAGCGGGUUCUUGUUCGCUGUUCUGCUCAACUUCAAGCACAUCUAUUUAUACCUUGCACCUGCUUACUUCAUAUACCUCCUGCGUUCGUACUGCCUGUCGCCAUCAUACACACUCCUUCCGGGUCGCUUCCUCGCCCUCGCCAAUGCUGUCAUUCUCACAUUCCUGGUGUCUCUUGGGCCCUUCUUACUCAUGGGGCAGCUCCCUCAACUGCUUAGCAGGCUUUUCCCCUUUACUCGUGGACUGAAUCACGCUUACUGGGCCCCCAAUGUUUGGGCUCUAGUUACUGCGGCUGACCGAAUCCUACUGAAGCUUAUCGGUCACGGACAGCUCGGUGGUCUGGCGGUCAAUGAAUCAGGCGUUGCCUCCACCUCUCGCGGUCUCGUCGGGGACACAGUGUUUGCGGUAAUCCCAAACGUGAAGCCUAUUCACACCUUCGCCAUUACUGUUGCCUUCCAGACGAUCUACAUGGGCAAGCUUUGGACCAACAUGUCAUACAAAUCGUUCGUCACUGCACUGACGCUGUGCGGCUUCACGUCUUACAUGUUUGGUUGGCAUGUGCACGAGAAAGCGAUUUUGCUUGUGCUGGUUCCCCUGAGUUUGCUUGCCGCAGAUGACAAUGAGAGUUUCCGUACGUUUACAAUAGCCUCUGUGGCAGGAAUAUUCUCGUUGUUCCCUUUACUGUUUACGCCUGCAGAGACGCUUGUCAAGAUCAUCUAUUCUGCUCUGUGGUGCAUCUUUGUCCUGAGGCCUAUCCACCAUCAGGUCUACACCUUCCCACGAGGCGUUCCCUUCGUUGUGAUGGAUGUCGUAGAACGCAUCUACAUCGCUGGGUUUCCGAUACUUCAACUGGUGGUCACCCUUCUUCCUCUGCUAGCUCGCCGCUUCUCUGCGAAUGGAUCGUCAGAAUCGGGCUACGAGUUUCUUCCUCUUAUGCUCACCAGUAUAUACUGCGCUAUCGGGCUUGUAUGGGCAUUCAUCCGACUAUCUUCAUGUAUCUCGUGA